GGCUCGGCGCGCGUUCAAGAAAGACGGGAAGCGUUGAAGGUAUUUGAAGGUUUGUCCUGCUUUGUUUACAACAUGUCUGCUCCAAAUUCUCAUGCUGAGGAUGACAUCUGGAAGUUGUUCAAAGCCAAGAAAAUUUUGAUUGCUUCUGAAAUCUAUGUGCUGUUUCCGUUUCUUCAUGGUCUACGAGAUGAGGAAAUAAUAUCUGAAGAAGUGUUUAAGGAAUGCAAAGAGAAGGUAGACGCAAAUCCAGAUGUUAUGCAUGAAGAAAUAUACAAUGUACUUGAAAGGAUAAACAGUGUGCCAGCACUAAGGAAGCUCUUCUGCAAGGAAAAUCUGGAUGUGUAUCCACAUUUAAAGUCCAUUUAUGAAGAUUUGGAAAAUGCGCUCCAGAAGGCUGAAAACAGCAUUGAACAGAGGAGCAUAAAGGGACACCAGACAAAAGACAGCAGUCCCGAGACUUCUGCCAGGAAACGAUCACUCCAGAAGGCUGAAAACAGCUCUGCUUCUGAACAGAGAAUCAAAAAGGCAAGGCAGAAAAAAGGCAGUAGUCCUGAGACCCCUGCCAGGAAGUGGCUGUUCCAGAAAACAGAAAACAGGUCUGCUUCUGAACAGAGGAGCAAAAAGGCACAGCAGACAAAAGACAGCAGGCCUGUGACCCCUGCCAGGAAGUGGCCAUCCAGCCUGGGAUGUGCCAUCCUGAGCGGGCAGCGCAGAAUGGAGCAGCGGUACUUGAAAACCCUGGGGAAACUUCCAGACCUGCAGGUGAAGCUCGACGACAUCCAGGGCCACCUGCAUGGUCUGCAGAAGCAGCAGAAGUGCCUGCUAGUUUCCCUGAAUUGCUGCAAUCAGUCUGAUAGGGACCUGGAGGUUGCAGGGUUGCAGAAUCAAAUGGAUGACAUCAUUUCCCACCAGCAAGUGCUGCAGACAUCAAUGCUUCAGAUUCUGGGAGAACUGGGUGUGGAAAAGCCUCUGCCCUGAGAGAUUGUGCUCUCCCACAACUGUUCAUUAAUAAUCAUUGCUUCCUAUUUUUCUGAGCAUUGAGAAAUUCCUGGCAUUCAGCUGGUUUCUGGCUUCCCUUGGAGAAUAAAUUACUAGAGCCCUA